GAAGAAAUUGCAGUUGUGUAAUUAACCCUUUUGUUUCCGUUGGCCCUGCAGUAUGUUUACGAUGCAAGAAACUUCGUGUAUGUUAGCUCACAAUACAGCUUUCAUAUACCCUAUCAAGCUAUCGGUGUUUGUUCUUACCAGCGCUCGUUCAUUGUUAACAUUGUUGUAAUGUUAGCCUGCCGGUCUUAGUUUAGCCUGAUCAGAGACGGUUAACUAUAGAAUCUUUGGCCUGAUUCUUAUGACUGACAAAAAGGUCUGCUAGUCGGUCCCGUCCCAGCCCAGCCUCGUCUAAACGGCGUGUGAAAUAGGCCUUUAUUCGUGUUUGGUAAAACAAGAGUUUUAAUUUUGUGUCAAACAUGGAGACGGCCCUGGCGGAAAAGGCAUCUCAUGAUCUGCCAAAAACAACGUCCGAGCCUUUAUCAGCUUUUAUGUUGGCUAAGAUAGAACGCAAUAGGCAACGGGCACUAAUGUUGAGACAAGCACGACUGGCGAGCCGACCGUCUUCAGCAUUGGGAGAAGGUGGGACUUGUGCAAAAGUCGCGAAAACAGUUGAUUCGGGAGCAGGCUUUUUCAUUGAAGAUGAUGAUGAAGAAGACGGACAAAUAGCAAAGAAACUGACCCAGCAGCCAGCUCCUGUAAUCGAAUCUGAGUAUCUGGUGUGUGAGGAGUGUUCCAAGCCAUUCAUGGACUCUUACCUGAGCAACAGUUUUGAUUUAGCAGUAUGUGACAAGUGCAGGGACAAUGAGGUGAAGCACAAGCUCAUCUCUCGCACAGAGGCGAAGCAGAACUACUUACUGAAGGACUGUGAUCUGGACAAGAGGGAGCCACCACUACGCUUCAUUCUCAGAAAGAACCCCCACAACACUCACUGGGGGGACAUGAAGCUGUACCUCAAGCUGCAGGUGGAGAUGCGCUGUAUGGAGGUGUGGGGGAGUGAGGAGGCGCUGGAGGAGGCUAAGGAGACACGUGAGGAGAACCGAGAGGUCCAGAAACAAAAACGCUUCAACAAGAAGGUCAAAGAGCUGAGGAAGGCGGUGAGAAGCAGCAUGUUCCGGAAGGACACCAGCAUCCACCAGCAUGAGUACGGCCCUGAAGAGCUGGUGGACGAGGAGGAAGACCUCUACAGGAAAACCUGCACUAGUUGUGGUCAUCAGCUCACCUAUGAAAAGAUGUAGCCUGUACCUGCCAUCGUCGGAUUACAUUAAAAGAAGAUAACUACAUAGAACAUCUUCACCUGGGACCAGCAUUUGGACCUAAGUCACCUGCUCUGUGGCGCUCACUUGUGUGAGGAUGGCAUAAGUCUCAGGGAGCAUAUCCAGGUGUCAUCUUCAGAACUAACCAUAAAGCGUCCUCGGGGCAUUUUUUCACCUAAAAUGUAUUCUGCAUCAGGUUUACUAUGGCAGAAUCCUAUGGAUUAUUUCCCUUAGAAACGCGACCUACGAGUACACCAGAACAUCUUGUCUGAGGUCCCUGGCUGAUUACCUUGCUUCAGUAAGGUAAAUCCUCUAACGGGACCACAUUUGUCUGUGGGUAAAAAAAACAACGGACCGACCUCUUCAUGGAGCAGGAGCUAUUAUGGAACAAUUUAAUGAUUAAUGACCAUUAAAAAUGCAUAUUCCUAAAUGUUUUGAUUUUGUUACAGAAUUGUCUACGGUUUUCUACAUUUAACUGUUUUUUUCAUACACCUUUUCAACAUGCUAGAUCAUCGUUUUAUCUCAUUGUGGAGUAGUGCUUUGUGAGCAGCACUUCCUACCUGCAGUAGCCAAUCCCUUUGCUGCUAAAUUGAAAGAGCCCUGAAUCUCAAUCUCUGAUUAUCAGUUGUACCUCUAAUGCUGUGUCACUAGAUGGUGUUGGAGAGCAGUUACUGUCGGAGCGGAUUUUUUCAAUGCAGAUCUCCAUUUAAAUGUUCUUUUAGUCUAGGACUAGGCUUAAUACAUACCGGAUACAUUAACACCGGAUUAUAAAUUAAGGAUAAAUUAAGGAUGAAUAUAAAUACUAUUGAUGUUGAUUAUGUCAGUACUAAUGUAGAUUUCUGCUGGUUAAAAUGUGUUAAGUUGUAAUCUGCCCUGCCACCUGUGUGCUCGCCCUAGGCUGCCUCUUUGGAGGCUGCCCUGGGUUAACAGGAACCUCACGUCUACUUUAACCUUGUGGUACCCCACCCCAUGAGCUUGGUAACUCACUCGUUGUAGAGAAUCCAUCGACCGUUAACUGAGAAAUUCUUAAGGGGAGUUCAGUUUCAGGUGCAUUUUCCAGUUUACGACCAGUGGGCAAACUGCUAGCAGAUGCAUUCCGUUCUCUCACUACUUUGCACUUGUUUAUCUCCACAGAGGGACAUCUUGGAAAGUCUAGGAAAAAAGUUGAAAAAAGUCUAGGAACAUCUAGGGAAAAAAGGAAAGUAAUGCAUUUUGGACUAUGACCUAGUAGGAAGGUUACAAGGAAUUCAUAGGGAAGGCUUAUGGUAAUGUGAUAAAAAUAGCAUAAUUGUAUACUGUUACAAUGACAUUGUGGUGUGGUUGUCAUGGUCUGAUUAUGGUUUGGGCGAAAAUAAAUUGUGUAGAUUGGUCGAGCUGUUCCACACUAGAGAUUUGUAGCCGUAUGUCCUGCAUCCUGCAUUGAUGACCGUUGCUCUGAGGAUUGUAACUCGUCCCCUUGUUGAGCCUGCUGGAGAGAGACGUGGCAAAUGAGACAGACCACCUGAAAUGUAUUUAAAUAUAAGGACAUGGCUGGUGUAUGGGCCAAAGCCGCCAGGGCCUUACCACAGAUGUCUGACAUACCUUAAAUUAUUGAUGACAGCUCUACAUCAUCCUUGGCUUUUUUAGGCACUUGUUACCCAGAGUACAACCAAAGGGCAAGACAAUAAAUAAUAUCAAACAUGGCAGUCAAAGUUAUUGUCCCUGAUAGGGUAGGGCAGAAUGUGUAGUCAAGAAGAUCAAACUGCCAGAACUGACUUCCAGUAAUGAUUCCAUAGCCCCAGGAGUGAACUCAUGUUCAAAUGAGCUGGUGUUGCAGGGUUGUGCUGUUGUUGUUGUUGUUGUGCUGUUGUUGUUGUUGUUGUGCUGGAUGGGUAGUUAACAUGGUAUGAUUCCAUAGCCCCAAGAGUGAACUCCUGUUCAAAUGAACUGGUGUUGCAGGGUUGUGCUGCUGUUGUUGUUGUGCUGUUGUUGUUGUGCUGGAGGGGUAGUUAACAUGGGGGUUAUGCCACAGGGAUGAGACCAGUGUCUUGGAACCUGCUAGUGUGGUCUCUUAUAGUUAUUUCAUCACCAAAUUCAGUUGCAAUAUAGCUGUUAGCAAUAUAGGUCUGUUAAUGUUUACUUAGAAAUAUCCAAAGUAACUUACAACAAUAACAAUUAGUAUUGAAGCUUAAAGUGGUCAAAUAGAAUUAAAAUAAUAAUAAUGGACUAAUACUAUAGUUUUUCUCAGUCACUUUGGCGCAAUUCUCAGAUCAGAAUUGAAAUUCUCAAAACUGUUUGUUCAAACUCCAUAUUAUCGUCACUUGUGCAAAUCAUUAAAGUAGUUUCUCCCCAUCUUGAACAAACAGCAAUGGUUUAGUACGUACUGUACAUGCAACUGAUUUUGUACAAAAGUCUGUUUUUUACAUUUCCAAUUGUCAUGUUGGUCAAAAUGCACUAUAGUUCCAUGCUGAAUAGUCCUACCCCAUAAAACAGAUUGGCCUUAUUUCAUCGCUUGAGUCAUUACAUGCAAAAGUGCUGAACUAGUUGUCAUGUCUGUCUAGCAUACAGUAUAUACAUAUAUGUGACCUGAAAGACAGAAACAUCAGGAUGUAUAGAAAGAUGUACAGUGGUGCACAGCUCUGACCAAGGGGUGCUUUACUGUAUAUUGGUAAUUUUUCAUUUGCACAAUGCUGUAAAAGCCUUUGUUUUAUUUAUACUGUCACAAUGUCUGUCAACAGUAAAAACUUUUAAACAUA